AUGGCUUCUCCACUCAUGGGUGAUCCUCCGCAAGCCACUCUACAUACGCUGGAUAAUGCAGACGGGUCGGCAACAUACAGCGCUCCGCAUCAAGGCUACAAAAUAGUCGCCGGAGUCAACUACCCGGUCGAAGUACCAUAUCGAUCUGAUGAGCUACCCGAGUCGACCUUUGUCGAGGUCAACCUCAGACCCCACAAUGGCGUGGGCAUGGUCAAGGAACGACACGUCGAAGACCUCAUCAAGCGCACUCUUCAGGCUCUCGUGCUGGGCGACGAGACUCCCCGAACUAUGCUCCAAGUCACCCUUCAAGUGGUCUCGGUCGAGACGGAUGAAAGCCUCCCUGGUGGGGUCAAAAGCGGUGGCCAAGGUGAGACAUAUCUCGAUAUGCUUGCAUCGGCUCUCAACGCUGCUAUCCUCGGUUGCCUCGACGCAGGCGUGCAAAUGAGGACCGUCACGGGGGCAGCAGUUAUUGGGCUGAGUCGUGAUGACGGACAAGUGGUUGUCAAUCCGGGAGUCGUCCAACGACAGGGCUGUUCCAGCUUGCACGUCUUUGCGUUUACCCAAGAUGGCAAAACGCUGUUGAUAGAGAGCGAAGGCCGGUUCAGCAUGGAUCACCUCAAACGAGCAGAACAGGCGGCUCGUUUGGCAGUGCUCGGUCAGAAUCAGGGUCAGCGCGCCAACAACAAGACCAAUGCAAGCGAUGCAAACAAACUUCCCAACGGAGAUGUUGCCAUGAACGGAACUGGACACGACUCCGCGGUCGUCUCGGUGCUGGACGUGAUGAGGAAAGCGAUGCAAGCACGCGUGAUUGAGGACGAGAGCUGGCGACAGGACUAA